GUAUCAUGGAAGAGGAAAUGAGAUGAGAAUGGUUGACGUAAGAGGAAGACAGUUGACUUCUCUCUCUUUCUCUCUCUCUCCGUGGCUGCGUUAUUUGUCCGCAACUUAUAGGAUACCCAUUUGUUUUCUAUUCUCAUUCAUGUAGUGUUUUUAUUACAGCUGAUUUCGGAUUGGGACUUCACUAAUUAUUUGUGGAAGACCUAGGAUUCAGACAGGAAGAUGUUUGGUGCUGGGAGUAAUCCAUUUGGGCAGUCAUCUAGUAGUAGUCCUUUUGGGUCUCCAUCAGUUUUUGGGCAGAAUAACAAUGCACCUAGCAAUCCAUUUGCUCCAAAACCUUUUGGUAAUACGACCCCAUUUGGCACGCAGACAGGGAAUUCCGUUUUCGGCGGUACUUCAACUGGCGUGUUUGGUAUGACUCAAGCAUCUUCUCAUUUGACUACCACACCAGCAUUUGGUGCAUCGUCAUCCCCAUCCUUUGGGAGUUCAGCCUUUGGAGCUUCUUCCACUCCUGCUUUUGGCAGUUCUUCAGUCUUUGGGCAGAAGCCUGCUUUCGGUACGUUCGGCUCAAGUGGCACGCAGACAAAUCCAUUUGGAAGCACAUUCCAACAGUCACAGCCAGCAUUUGGGAACAGUCCUUUUGGAUCAACUACAUCUUUCGGAGCAGCAAGUCAGCCUGCCUUUGGUGCUUCGAGCACUCCUGCUUUUGGUUCAACUGCAACCCCAGCUUUUGGUAGCACACCUACGGGUUUUGGUGCCUCAAGUACCCCCGUAUUUGGAUCUGGAGGAGCUUUCGGCCAAACAAGUACCCCAGCCUUUGGUGCAUCAAGCACUCCAGCAUUUGGGGCAACAAGUUCUCCAGCUUUUGGUGCCUCUAGCACCCCUGCUUUUGGUGUUUCCAGUGCUCCAUCCUUCAGCUUUGGGUCCAGUCCAGCAUUUGGCCAAUCAACUUCUGCAUUUGGAAGCACCCCCAGCCCCAGCCCAUUUGGCACUUCAACAACAUCUUUUGGAUCUCAAAGCUCUCCAUUUGGAGCUCAAGCUGCAACUCCGACUCCAGCAUUUGGAAGCACACCCUUUGGGCAGCAGCCUGGUUUUGGGGGUCAACGCGGAGGAAGCAGAGCAACUCCUUAUGCACCAGCAACUGAUACGGAUACACAACCUCCUGGAAAACUUAUGUCCAUAUCUGCUAUGACAUCUUAUAAAGACAAAAGCCAUGAAGAACUGAGAUGGGAGGACCAUCAAUUGGGUGAUAAGGGUGGACCUUCGCCAGCUAAUCAAUCAGCAGGCACUGUUGGUUUUGGUGUCACCACUCCACAAGCAAACCCUUUUGCUGCAACAUCCUCCUCAUUUGGUCAAGCAUCCUCAAGUCCUUUUACAUCAACUACAGUUUCCAACCCAUUUGCUACUAACACUCCUGGUUUGGGUGCUGGAUUUGGAUCUACACCCGCUCCAUCAUUUGCUUCUUCACCCUUCGGUGCAUCGACCACUUCAAACCUUUUUGCAUCAACCUCUUCACCAGCACCUUCCAUAUUUGGAGCCAACACCUCAGCCUCUCUUUUUGGAUCAACUAGCUCAAUGGGUUUUGCAUCAUCACCGUCAACAUCUAUUUUUGGGCAAGCACCUGCAUCGACUCCAGCUUUUGGUACAGGUUUAAGCUUUGCCAGCUCACAACCAUCACCACUAUUCCAGUCAUCUACUCCUUCCCUUGGUCAGACCUCUGUAUUUGGACAGUCUGGCUCUUCCUUUGGACAAAGUUCUGCACCAGCUUUUGGUCAAACAAGUUUAUUUAGUGCUCCUUCUACUGGGUUUGGUGGGAAUUUAUUCUCCAGCACUCCUUUGCUAUCCAACAAUCUCUUUGGUCAAUCAACUCCCUCACUUUCAACACCUGUUCAACAAGCUCAACCUGCACAGUCUUCUUUUGGAUUUGGCACUUUUGGACAGCCACAACCAGCAACUGGUGCAACUUUAUUUGGCGGUACACCAAAUGCUUUUUUGGGGCAAUCAUCAGCUACUCAGAUAUCUGCACCUAUACAAUCAGUUCCUGCUGCAAAUCCUUUUGGGACUCUUCCUGCAAUGCCUCAAAUGUCUAUUGGCCGAAAUGGGAAUGCACCUUCUGUUCAAUAUGGAAUUUCUUCUUUGCCAGUUGAGAAACCUGUUCCAGCGAGAAUAUCAUCUCUACUGACAUCACGCCAUAUUUCUCAGAGGCGUAUCAGACUUCCAGCAAGGAAAUAUCAUCCUAAAACUGAUGCUCAAAUGGUACCUUUUUUCAGUGACGAUGAAGAAUCACCAAGCACACCUAAAGCAGAUGCCCUUUUCAUUCCUAGAGAGAAUCCUCGUGCACUUGUUAUUCGUCCAGUCGACCAAUGGCCUUCAAGGUUAAGCAUAGACAAAGCAUCCCCUUUGAAGGAUGCAUCUACUGCUGUGCAUGAGAAUGGUAAAACUGCUGACAGAGCAUCUACUAUGAAUGGAUCGAUACCCGAGAACGAAGGUACAGUACAACAUCCUGUUGCAAACGGUGGCUCAAAUGACCAAAAUCUUCCCCCACUGAAAACAUCCCCAAAGCCAAAUGGAACCCACGAAGAAAAUCCUAACCAGAAAGAAGACUCAUACAUUACACUCACUAGUCACAGAGCCGGCGAGGCAGCCAUUGUCUAUGAACAUGGAGCUGGUAUCGAGGCAAUGAUGCCCAAGCUCCGACAUUCUGAUUACUACACCGAACCUCGAAUCCAAGAACUAGCUGCCAAGGAAAGAGCUGAACCUGGUUUUUGUCGCAAUGUGAAGUCCUUUAUCAUUGGUCGCCAUGGAUAUGGAAGCAUCAUGUUUAUUGGCGAGACAGAUGUGAGACGCCUCGAUCUAGAGUCGCUGGUGCAGUUCAAUAACCGAGAGGUUAUUGUUUAUAUGGACGAGGGCAAGAAACCUCCGGUUGGGCAAGGGCUGAACAAACCGGCUGAGGUAACACUUUUGAAUAUAAAAUGCUUUGAUAAGAAAACAGGUCAACAGGUGAAGGAUGGACCGAAGAUUGAUAGAUAUAAGGAGAUGCUUAAGAAGAAGGCGAACGAUCAAGGAGCGGAGUUUGUAUCGUAUGAUCCGGUUAAAGGAGAGUGGAAGUUUCGGGUGAAACAUUUCAGUAGCUAUGGACUUGAUCAUGAUUUUUAAGGAUGAGUUUUGUUGGUGACAACCUUGGACGGAUCGAACAACCAUGAAUUGUUUCACUUUUUUUUUGUUCAACACCCAUUUUUUGUCUGUUUGUUUGGAAUAUCAUUAUGUUGAUAUUAGAAUGAAAGGGCAAGUCAAGUCUCUUCUCAUGGUAGAACUAUUAUAUUGGUUUUAGUAUUGUUUUUUGAAAGGGGCUUAACUUUCAUUUUUUUUGUUGAUUACAUUGUUUGACAUGGACUGAUGAAUUCUAUAUUGUAUGCUUUUGCAUAUUGGAGAUUGGAAUCACAUAUUUUUGAAUGA